CUAAUAAAGGAGAAGAAAAAGGCAGCAAAGAAAAAGUCACAGUGCUAUAGUGAGUUAGCAACUAUUUUUAAUGAUUCAUUUCUCCUUAUAAUCAUAUAAGUGAAUUCCUUUAUAUGCCAUAAUUAACUGUGAUUUGCAAAUCAAACUGAAGCAGUUAUGUGGUUGUGAAAGUGUUUUGAAGUAUAAAACAUCAUUUCUGCAAAUUUCCUUCUUAAUUUAAGAGCAAGGGCUUGAGAAAGAGAGAGAUAAAGCAAGUAUGGAGAGAUAGAGAAAGAGGAGGAGACGAGGGUAUACAGACAUGGUUUUUAAAGAUCUUUCAUGGUUCUUCUGAGACAGCUUUUGCUUCAAAACUGAGAUUAUUGAAAGCUUUUUUUGUCAUGCAAGAUGGAUUUUUCAGAGCAUACGAGGAUUGUGUUCAACAGAAUCAAGAAACUGGAACCAGAGAAUGUUACUAAGAUUAUUGGUUAUCUUCUUUUACAAGAUGGUGGUGAUCAAGAAAUGAUUAAUCUGGCUAUGAGUCCUGAUGUGAUUAUUCAAGAAGUGAUUUAUAAGGCUAAAGCUGAACUAAAUCAAUUAGCCCUUAAAUCAGCAACUUCUCCAAUCUCACCCCCCAUGAAUUCACCACCUGUUUCGGAUCUUUCCUCACAGUUCAAUCCUUUCUUCACUGUUUUGUCUCGGUCUUUUUUGUCUUCACCACCGGCCUUCCGAGUCCCUUCUUCCUACUGGGAAUCUCAAGUUGGAGCUCAGCAUAAUUCAGAUUUUGCAUCUAUGGGUUACCUGGAUUCUGUUUCUGAGCUCCAAAACCAAACUCAGUUCUUGAGUUUGGAGGAUCAAAUGGAGCCUGUUAACUUGGGAAAUAUGGGGUUCCCAAGUGAUUAUUUUAACUCGGAUACUGCACUGGGUCAUUUAGCUGCAAGGACAGGUCGCCGGUAUUCAAGCUUAAAUGAGAUUCCUGUUAAGACUUGUCACUAUUUUAACAAGGGUUUUUGUAAGCAUGGAAGUAACUGUAGGUACUAUCAUGGACAAGUCUCCGAUAACUUCCCUCGAACAUUUGAUGCUAUCAAUGAUGAUCAACUUUUCUCACCAGGAUCACUUAAGAAGUUGGAGUUGGAAAUCAUAGAGCUUUUGAAAUCAAGAAAAGGUGGUCCUGUUUCAAUUGCUUCUUUGCCAAUGAUAUAUUACGAGAAAUAUGGAAAAGUUCUUCAAGCGGAAGGGUAUCUCACAGAGAGCCAGAGACAUGGGAAAGCUGGUUAUAGUUUGACGAAACUUCUUGCUAGAUUGAAAAACAGUAUUCGACUGAUCGACAGGUGCAUAUUACCUCAUGGUCAGCAUGCAGUAAUUUUAGCUGAAGAUGUUCCAAAAUACAUGGAAACUUGGGGUGACAGAAAUGAUCCUGGUCCGAUUGUUAGUGGAUCACGGCAGAUAUAUCUAACUUUCCCAGCUGAGAGUACUUUUACAGAAGAUGAUGUCUCCAACUACUUCAACACUUUUGGAUCAGUUGAGGAUGUAAGGAUUCCCUGCCAACAGAAAAGGAUGUUUGGCUUCGUGACAUUUGAAAGUGCAGAGACGGUGAAGAUGAUUUUGGCAAAAGGAAAUCCUCAUUUUGUUUGUGGUGCUCGAGUUCUUGUGAAACCUUACAGGGAAAAAUCUAAGCUUAUUGAUAGGAAGUAUCAGGAGAGAAUUGAGCCUUCAAUGUGUUUCUCUUCUCAAUAUGUAGAUAUGGAUGCUGAGCUUCAUCCAAUGCCAAGAGGAUAUGAGACCUCAAGGUUGCUGAGGAAGCAGCUUAUGGAAGAGCAGGAGCAGGCUCUUGAAUUUCAGAGGAGGCAACUUGCAGAGUUGCGAAUAGCUCGAAAGCCGAUAUCCAAUCGGUCCUACUUUGGCUACUCGAUGGACGGGCUUAAAGUCUCAGAAGAUAAUAUCAAUUUGCCAACGACCGAAGAUUUUAAUUAUCUGCUGGACUUUCUGAACAUCGGCUCAGUAAGUGAUGACAAAUUCAGGCGUACGGAAACCAACUACAUGGACUCAGACAGCCUUUCACAGCUCUUCGUCUUAGAUCCCACCUCUUUUCGACUUGGUAUAGUUUAUCUUUACCUCUGCUGUGCAGUCAAGGACUGAACUUACCAGAAAGCCCAUUUGCAUCUCCAAUAGCUAGCAGCAUUUCUACAGUCAUAUAGGUUCAGCACACAGAAGAAUUUAUAGAGUUACAAAGAACAAAUGCAACAGCAGCAACAUCUUUGGUUUUGAUACAUAAACAGGCACCUUUUUCGCAUUUUUCUUCUGUUUUCCGUCGAGGUUUACAGCUAGUACAAAAACGGCUAACGAAAGAAACAAGAAGCAUCUCCUCCUAAAGGAAGUAGCAAAGCAGAAUAUGAUGAUACACAAAUAAAUGUAAGAAGGCUACAGUUUUUCUAAUGUUAGAGAAACAAUGCAUGAAUAUUAAGUAGCUAAUAUGUAAUUAAGUCUUUAGUGGGCCAAAGGGAUUAGAAAAAAAUGUGCAGUGUUCAGAGCAGUUAAUGUUUAAAACCUCUGCAACACUCACUCAUAGAUGAAAUAACUUCAACAGAAGGGUUAGCAGUUGGCUUAUACCAGUUUAGCAAAAGUUGUUCAUAGUCCUCCCAUUUUCUGUUUACUCAGCAUUUGCCAUUGUUUUGGCUUGGGCACAAAGAAUGGUUUUUAUUUAUAAUAUUCUCUCUCUCCUCUCUUAA